UACGGCUGACAGAAAAAGAGGAACAUCCGACACUCAAUACAGGUGUGGAAAUCUGGUUUUAGGAAAUACUUGACUUUGCACCAUUAAACUGUGCAAUUUUACAACAGUUAUAUUUGAUGCAUUACAUCAGUCACUCUUUUUUUUUUAAUUUAAACUACAUCAGACAUUACCUUUGAAAUGGCUGGAAACAGAGGGAAACAAUGGGUUCUUCUUGUGUCUGGAUCAAGGGGCUGGGAAAAUUACAGACACCAGGCCAAUGUGUGCCACGCAUAUCAGAUGAUGCGUCAGAAUGGAAUUCCUAAUGAGCAGAUCGUGGUGAUGAUGUAUGAUGACAUCGCUUACAAUAAGAAAAACCCAUAUCCUGGAGAAAUUAUCAAUGAACCACACGGGUCAAACGUCUAUCCAGGGGUUCUUAAAGACUACACUAGAACUGAUGUGACACCUGAGAACUUCCUGGCUGUACUUAAAGGUGAUGCACGUGCCGUGAGAAAGCAUGAAAACAGGGGAUCUGAAAAAGUAAUCAAAAGUGGAGAAAAUGACACAAUAUUCGUCUACCUGUCAGAUCAUGGAGGUUUUGGCACUUUUUGUUUUCCGAAGAGCACACUUUAUGCCUGUGAUCUCAUUGACACGAUCUCUGAAAUGGUGAGAGCUAAGAAAUUUUCAAAGAUGGUGAUAUAUAUGGAAAGCUGUCAUUCUGGAUCAAUGUUCAGCCACCUCCCUAAGUAUGUUCAUGUGUACGGAGUGUCUUCAAGUAAAGCUGUUCAGACCACCUCUGCCUGUUAUUAUGAUAAAGAAAGAAAGACCUAUCUCACUGAUGAAUUCUCAGCUGCCUGGAUGUUCUACAAUGAAUCGAAUUAA